CCAAUGAGAUCCAGUGAAGUUUCUCAGUACACCACCCUCGUUAAUCUUUGCCUAUAAAAUUCUACCAACCCUCCUCAUUCCUUCACAUCUAUCAACUCCAAAAAGAAACAAUCUUAUCUUGAUUCUCCCACAAUCAAUAUCUCUGUUUCAAACAAAAACAGGUUUCUCACAUGGAUCAACUCAAUGAUGAUAACAGCAACAAGAGGACCAAGCAUGAAGUAGCAGAGAUCAAGAAGAUCAAGGGAACUGUGCUGCUGAUGAAGAAGAACUUACUGGACUUCAAUGACCUUAAGGCAAAACUUGUUGACCGGUUUGCUGAGAUUCGUGGACAUAAGGUCUCUCUUCAGCUCAUCAGUGCUGUUAAUGGUGACCCAGGGAUACUUGGAAAGCCAGCAUAUUUGGACUGGGAUACGAAAAUAACCCAAAUAACAGCUGCAGAUGAGACAUUUAGUGUUAAUUUCGAAUGGGAAGAGGAGGUAGGGGUACCUGGGGCUUUCAUAAUAAAGAAUUCCCACCCCAAUGAAUUUUACCUCAAGACUGUCACCCUCGAAGAUGUUCCCGGUCAUGGCCGGAUCCACUUUGUCUGCAACUCUUGGGUUUACCCAGCUGAGAACUACAAAAAAGACAGAGUAUUCUUUACUAAUCAGACAUAUCUUCCAACCGAGACCCCACUUCCACUACGUCACUACAGAGAAGAAGAACUACUAACCCUUAGAGGAAAUGGAACUGGAAAACUCGAGGAAUGGGAUCGUGUGUAUGACUACGAUGUAUACAACGAUUUGAGUGACCCAGAAAAGGGCCCAAAGCACGCCCGCCCAAUUCUUGGAGGGUCUUCCGAAUACCCUUAUCCUCGCAGGGGAAGAACAGGCCGACCACCGGCAGAAACAGAUCCUAGACACGAGAGCAGGCUCCCUCUUCUUAAAAGCUUAAGCAUUUAUGUACCAAGAGACGAACGAUUCAGCCACUUGAAGCUCUCAGAUGUAGUCGCUUAUGGGUUGAAAUCUGUAUUUCAAUUCCUUGUCCCCGAGGCCGAGGCUCAAUUUGACAGGACCCCUAGUGAAUUUGACAGCCUCGAAGACAUACUAGAACUUUAUGAAGGAGGAAUCAAGGUGCCAGACUUCCCUUUCCUAGAGAGCAUUAGGAAAGAGAUCCCCUUACCGAUACUCAAGGAAAUACUUCGAACCGAUGGCGAACGACCAUUCCAUUUUCCAAUGCCACAAGUAAUCAAAGAGGACAAGUCCGCAUGGAGAACAGACGAAGAAUUUGCAAGAGAAAUGCUGGCUGGAUUAAACCCUGUUGUCAUCCAUCUUCUCCAAGAGUUCCCUCCAAAUAGCAAGCUAAAUCCCAAGGCAUACAACGAUGAGGCCAGUUCAAAGACCAAGGAGUGCAUCGAGAAAAACCUAGAGGGGUUGACUUUAGAAGAGGCACUGAAGUGCAACAAGCUAUUCACAUUAGAUUACCACGAUGUUCUGAUGCCAUACCUGAGCCGGAUAAACUUGACUUCCACCAAGACAUAUGCCACAAGGACACUCCUCUUCUUGAAAAAUGAUGGAACUUUGAAGCCACUGGCAAUCGAGCUGAGCCUCCCUCACCCUGACGGAGAUGAAUUAGGAGAAGUUAGUGAAGUGUACACUCCAGCAGAACAUGGAGCUGAAGGCACUGUUUGGCAGUUGGCUAAAGCUUAUGUUGCAGUAAAUGACUCUGGCUAUCAUCAGCUCAUUUGCCACUGGUUACACACCCAUGCAGUAAUUGAGCCAUUUGUGAUUGCAACAAACAGGCAGCUAAGUGUGCUUCACCCGAUUAAUAAGCUUUUGCAUCCUCACUUCCGCGAUACAAUGAACAUCAAUGCACUCGCUAGACAGACUCUCAUUAAUUCAGGGGGACUACUUGAGAGAACAGUUUUCCCAGCAAAGUAUGCCAUGGAAUGGUCAGCUGUCGCAUAUAAGGACUGGGUUUUCUCAGAGCAAGCACUCCCUGCUGAUCUCAUCAAGAGAGGGGUGGCAGUUGAGGACCCACAAUAUCCGAACGGUGUACGCCUGCUAAUAAAGGACUACCCAUAUGCUGUUGAUGGCCUGGAAAUCUGGUCUGCAAUCAAAAAAUGGGUUGAGGAGUAUUGCUCCUUGUACUAUAGCUCAGAUGACAUGGUUGAAAAAGAUUCUGAACUUCAAUUGUGGUGGAAUGAGAUCCGGGAGAAAGGUCAUGCUGACAAGAAAAAUGCAUCAUGGUGGCACGAAAUGCAUAAUCUCAAAGAGCUAGUGGAAACGUGUACUACUAUCAUAUGGAUCGCUUCUGCCCUCCAUGCAGCAGUCAACUUUGGACAAUACCCUUACGGAGGGUACCUUCCUAACCGACCCGCCAUGAGCCGCCGGUUCAUACCCAAACCGGGUUCUCUUGAAUAUGAUGAGCUUGAGUCAAACCCAGACAAGGCUUUCUUGAAAACAGUUACCCCUCAGCUGCAGAGCAUCCUUGGCAUUUCCCUGAUAGAGAUUCUGUCAAGGCAUACUUCAGAUGAGGUUUUCCUCGGACAGAGAGAUACUCCUGAAUGGACAGCAAAUAAAGAAGCAUUAGGAGCCUUUGGGAGAUUUGGAACGAAGUUGGCAGAAAUUGAGGAGGGAAUUAUAGGGAUGAACAGUGAUGAGAAUUGGAAGAACAGGGCUGGACCAGCCAAGAUGCCUUACACACUGCUAAUUCCAAGUAGCAACGUUGGUCUUACCGGCAAGGGGAUUCCUAACAGUGUCUCAAUCUGAGAUUUUUUAUUCGGGAUGUUAUCACUUAUCACUAUGUUCUUAGCUGUAGUAGUUUUUACUAUACCAAUAAGUUUAUAAUGAUAAAGAAGGUCAUCAGAAA